AUGAAAUAAAUAUCAAAUUCUUGGCUUAAUUCCAUGUUAAACAUAAAGCUUUACAGGUUUAAUGAGCAAUAAUCAUGUUCAUACAAUGAAUAUGGGAGUUUAUACUGCAAAAACCCCACACUUCUUCAAACCACUGAAGUCAAAGAUGGUAUCUACGAUUAUUUUACUUUACCAAAGGCAAAUGACCAUCAGCAAAAAUAAAAAAAUCAACUUUCCUUAAUUAUAAGGUUCUUAAAUGCGAUGGAUUAACCUCUAUUCAAGUUGCGUGUUGAAAGCUCCCUACACGCGACACACCGACAAAUUGCAAAAAGGCGUCCGGAAAAACAUUUCACAAAAUGCUCAUGAUUCCAUUUACAGUUUGGCCUCAGCUACAAGCGUCACACAAAAUGACAUUGUUUCUAACUACAUUGUUGCUGGUUGGUUCUAGCCUUAUAAUCCACUUCAGGGCCACUGAAACAGCAGGAAUUUUUGGUGAAAAUUAUCACGACCCGCACUUUAAGGAUGGAAGGACAGUCAUUGUGCAAUUAUUUGAAUGGAAAUUUGUUGACAUUGCAAAGGAGUGCAAGCAGAUGUUGGGUCCAGGUGGAUUUGGUGGCGUGCAGGUAUCUCCGGUAACUGAAAACGCCAUCAGACGAGACUUUGAUAGGCCUUGGUGGGAACGUUAUAAUCCAAUUUCAUACCAAAUAAUAACAAGGUCAGGCAACCGAGACGAAUUAAAGGAUAUGAUACGGACAUGCAAUGAUGAAGGUGUUCGAAUCUAUAUAGAUAUUGUGAUCAAUCAUAUGGCCGCUCCAAUUCCGUUCGGUAACUUCAACUACGAAGGAGUAGACGAAGUUGAAAAUUUAGAAAACGCUGAUGUUUUGCUGGAAGGAACUGGAGGUUCUCAAGCAAAUGCAAGUGCACGGGACUAUCCAGGGGUACCAUACACGUCAAGCAAUUUCCAUAAAAAAUGUUCAAUUAAUGAUCGUUCGGAUGGGCAGCAAAUUCGAAAUUGUGAUUUUUUACAAUUACCUGAUUUAGAUCAUUACCAAGAUUCAGUAUUUGAAAAAUUAGUAAAACUAUUUAAUGAGUUGAUUGAAAUGGGAGUGGCUGGAUUUCGAGUUGACUCAGCAAAAUACAUUUGGCCAGUGGACUUUAAGAAAAUUUUCGAAAAACUAAAUAACCUAAACACCGACUUUGGCUUUGCGGAGGGCAUGCGUCCAUUUUGUUUGAUCGAAGUUAUUGAUACUAACCGGGAAGCCAUAUCAAAAACCGAAUACUCAGGCUAUGGCGUUGUGACUGAAACACAACACGCAAUCCAAAUUGCAGAAAUUUUCAAUGGGAAAAAGCCUUUGAGCGCACUCUUAAACUGGGGACCAGCCAUGGGAUUCCUGCUGCCCCCUGAUGGUUUAGUCUUUGUAGACACCCAUUACACUCAAAGAGGCCAUGGACUUGGCGGUAACAUGGAUCCCGAAUCUAUUUUAAGUUUCGCGAGACCAAAAAAAUACACUAUGGCUAUAGCGUGCAUGCUUGCCCAUCCAUACGGGAUUAAACGGAUUAUGAGUUCGUUUCGAUUCAAGAACCCUGACCAAGGACCACCGGCCGAUGAGGACGAAGCAAUUGUAUCACCAGAAUUCAAUGACGAUGAUGGACAGUGCGUCGAAAAUUCGGAAUGGGUGUGUGAGCAUCGGUGGAAUGCGAUUGCAAAUAUGGUUGCAUUUGCGAACUAUGUCACGGGUGAGGGUAUUAAUAGCUUUCAGAAUGCUGGACCAAAUCAUGUAGCAUUUUGUCGUGGCAGCAAAGGGUUUUUGGCUAUCAACAACGACCCGGGGCUUAAUUUCGAAAGAAGAAUGUAUGCAUGCGUGCAACCUGGAGAUUAUUGUGAUGUGAUAAGUGGCAGCUUGGUAGAUGGCAAUUGUACUGGCAGACUAGUUACAGUAGAUGAACAAAGAAUGGUCGUGGUUAUGUUGGCAGUUGAUGAUGAAAAUGGGGUAUUGGCCAUUCAUGAAGGGGCCAAACUUGAAUAAAAAUCGUGUUGACAAUCAAAAGAAAAUUAAAUAAUUAAUCAAAUUGAUCAUGAGUUUGACACUACCUAUUACUAAUUUCAAUGUCUUUAUCGCAAUUUUAUAAAGAAAACAUUUUCAUACACACCUUUUGACCCAAUUUAGCUGUUGAAAUACAAAUUAUUUUGGGUUAUCUGAAAUAAAAAUCACCCUCUUGUGGUUGGUGUUCAAAGAAACAUAGCCAACAAUCUCUACUUUAGAUGGAUGUGACGAAAUUCCAAAAUAAUCAGGAUGGAAAUGGCAGUGUUUGGCUUUGGUUAAACAAUAUUAAUUGUUACCGGAUACAUUUUUUUUUUAAACAUCAGGACAUUGUUUAUUUUUUUUCCACAAGAAACACAUCGAUGAAUCAUUCUUUUUUACUGUUGAAGGAGAAGGUACUUCAAAUAUACUCCUGAGUAAUAAAUACACAAAUGAGGAAAGGAAACAGCCUUGAUAACUUGAAAUGUUUAAUAAAAAAGCAGUUCUUUUUUUUUAUAAUUUUUGAACUAUUUAAAAUUAAAUGGAAAAAAAAUAUGAAAUAAGACCGGGCUGUCUAAUGUGGGUACAAGAUUCAAGAAAAAAAUUAUUUUAAGAAAGGAACAGAAAAAACUUUGCUUGGCAGAUACGUGCUUAAUGCAGUAAGGAGACGAAA